GUUUUCUAUCAGUCAUGAUGUUGUUUUCAAUGGUGCAUCCAUAAAACUCAAUAAAUGGGGUCUACCAACUCGACACUUACAUUCAGUUCAUCAGUAACUGUUCCAGAUUAGACACAAUGAAGGUUCUUGUGGCGACAUUUCUACUCAUCGGAAUCCUGUUCCACCUAUCCGAGUCCGCCCGAUUCACCGAGGAAGACUACCGCGGUUUCCGCCAGAAAUGCGCCAAAAUCCUCCAGUCUUCGACCGGAACGGUGGAGAAGGUCGAACAGAAAAACUUCCACGUCGACAGUGAAGAAAUGAACUGUCUGAUUCGGUGCGUUGGGAUCAUAAGUGGAUUCUACGACGACGAAACCGGAACCAACUGGGAUUUGGUUCGGGAACAGUUGAACGAAAAGGAAGGAUUUGAGGAGCAUCGACAGGCGACGACCGCCUGUAUGGAAGCGCUUCCGGCGGAGGAACUGGCCUCGGGAGUGUGCCGAAAGUCCUACCUGUCGUUCCGGUGUGCCAUGAAGUCCGCCAAGGAACACAUCCGGGAUAAGAGCUAGGCGUUGUGAGAUUGAUUGUGUAAUUCUGAGACGUGAAAUAAAAUACCGAACUGUUUGGUAGCUUUCCGAUUA